AUCAAUAAGUAAUAUAUAGGGCACUUAUGAUGAAAAACUGCAAGUUGCCCCUGACGGCAUCAGAUAACUCUGUUUCCUUAUCACCGUUGUUCAAUAUCUCAUGGAGCAGGUUUACUCUUCACUUACCCAGCGGGCUGUUCAUGUCCACCAAAAACUGGUAAGGAAUUCGGGUCAACAUCGAAUACUUAUAGCCGUUUCUGGUUCUCCAGGCUCCGGCAAAUCAACUAUUGCGAGCCAAGUCGUACAGAGGAUCAACUCAAUACUCCAACGCCCUGUGGCUAUUUGCAUAGCCAUGGAUGGAUUUCACUAUACCCGAGAAUAUCUCGAUACUCUCCCGAACCGGGUUGAAGCACAUGCCUGUCGAGGAGCCGAGUGGACGUUUGACGCCAAUGGAGUCGUGGCUCUCGUGCAGAUGUUAUCUAUUUCCAAGAAGACCUCUGAGCCUUCAACAAUUUUCGCCCCAAGUUUUGACCACAAGCUUAAAGACCCUAUACCGAACGCAAUACGAAUUGAGCCCGAGGUAGAAAUCGUCAUAAUCGAAGGAAAUUGGCUUUUGUUAGACAGCGACCCUUGGAAGCAGAUUCAAGAAAACGUAGAUGAUACCUGGUUCGUGGAUGUUGACGAAGAAUUGGCAUCACGCCGCAUCGCUAGGAGACACCUUACAGCAGGAACUGAGGCUACUAUGGAGGCAGCUAUUGGCAGAGCAAGGUCGAAUGACUUGCAACACGGCACUAUUGUCCGUAGGCAUUCACUCAAACCCAAUAUUUGGGUUGAAAGCGUAGAGGUCAAUGAAGGGAAAUGA